AUGAAUACAGUAACACGUAGAGGUUCUUCAUCAGGAACCAAAUACAUAUAUAACAAAAGUAGAACUGGACCAUACCCAGCCAAGUCAUCAAGACAACAAAGAUCGUUAACAUUUAACGAAACAUUUAGAGCAUUAUUCCCAGCAAUUUUUGCAGUAUUAAUUUCUUUAAUGGUAUUAAGUGCAUUUAAUCAUUUUCAUGGAAAUAAAAUAAUAGAUUGGAUUAAUGAUAAUGCUAUCAGUAUUCCAGGUUACAAACCAUCAAACUCAAUAAUGAACAUUCCAACUGCCAAUCAAGUUAAAUUAUUUGACAAUAAACCACAACCAUUCGACUUUGAUAUGUAUGAAAAAUUGGGUGCUAAAACAUCUGGUAGCUAUUGGUCCAAUAAAGGUCGUGAAAUGGAAUUAAAGCAACAUAAAGAUAGAGAUCUCCGUAAAUUCACUGAUAGAAAAUACCAAUCAUUUGGUCCAUUAGGUUCAAGUUCAUUUUGGGAACGUAAAGGAAGAGAAAUGGAGAUGGAAGAAAAAAAAGUCUCUUCACAAUUUAACUAA